AUGAACAAUGUUGAAACGGUAGCCCUGCGCAUAGCAAGAAAUUGCUUACGAGCUACAACAUGUCGACGGUACCCUUUGUCCGUCUCGCAGCCACGGCUCCUCGACCUGUUCCCCUGCCACGAGAGACAGCCUCUGGCCACAGGGCACCGUCCUUUCUCCCAGCUUUCACCAUGCCGAUUUAGCCAGACUGCAGUCGCUCGGAAACUCAAGCCGUAUGGAUCUGACAAGAAGCCGGAACAGGGAUUGAGAUUUCAGGACCAAGACCUGAGCGAUGACCAGAUACUAGCCAUAUUUGGGCGUGAUGCCCCUCCGCCUCAAUUUGCGAAUCGAGUGCUCCGAGUCCUACAUGGCCGUCGCACCGACGGGACCCUCGAUCUGCCGCUGCCGAAAGACGUCGAGUCGCAGUUGGAGGAAUACCCUCACGCCGUCGAGAACGGGCUCCAAUACCUGAGACAGGCGUAUCCGAUCGACGAAGAUGAAGCCAUUAUGUACCGCAUCGAACGGGAAGAGGACCCUCGCGAAAAGGACCAUCCCUCGGUAUUGAUGCAGAGGGGGCAAGAUCUCGGGCUUUACAAAACGCAGGCGGCAUCCCCGCAGGCUUACUACGGUCCUCAGAGUGGUUAUUAUCAGGCUGAGCUCAGCGAAAAGGAGCAUGAUCCCUACGGCAAGAGUGAGCUCGACAGGAUUCGAGCAGAGAACGACGCCAAACGGGCCAAGGAAGAGGAGGAACUACAAGCACAGAUUGACGCGGAAAUGGCAAAGGCUCAAGAGUUGCACGAGGAACGGACAAGAGCCAUCGCCCAGCGGCCGGAACAGGGGUUGGAGACGGCCAAAGAGCUGAGACCGCCCAACAGCUUUGAAAGAUGGGUGCUCCGAGCGCGCAAUCGAGCACAGUCGAAGUUGGCUCUCGACUCGCCCGAGAUCGCUCACAUGUCCACCUUCCAACGCGUUUUCCCGUCAUUCUUGCUGGCUGCGUCUCUCUGCGUCGGUUGCUAUUUCUUCGCCCAGGCGUGGACCCGACCAAAACAGGCGGACCGAUUCUUCCCAGACGUGUCCCUGUCCUCUGCUACCGUCGGUGCCCUGAUCGCCCUUAACGCUGCUGUCUGGGUGCUAUGGAAAUUGCCUCCUUACUGGUCGAUGCUGAACAAGUACUUUCUCUUUGUUCCGGCGUACCCUUACGCUCUCAGCAAUCUGGGGACUCUGUUCAGCCAUCAGAAGUUAUGGCACUUGAGCAUGAACAUGCUGGCUUUGGCCAUAUUCGGGCUUCCUCUCCACGAAGAGAUCGGCAGAGGCAAUUUCCUGGCCAUCUACUUCGCCUCGGGCCUGAUAGGAGGAUUUGCGAGUUUCGCGCGCCACGUCAUUCAGGGCAACAUGGCAACCUCUGUAUUAGGCGCGAGUGGUUGCGUUUACGGCAUCAUGUCCGCCUACCUUGCUCUUCACACGAAUGAUCGAUUCUCUCUUUUUUUUGUACCGGAUAAGUACACAGAGACACUGUCUUUCAGUGGCGGUGCAAUCUUCUUCCUCAUUGCCGCGGGUCAGGUCUUUGGGGUGGUAGGACGCUUGGGAAGGUCCGACUAUCUCGACCACUUGGUUGGUAUGAUGGUUGGUUUCUUUUCAGCUCGAUGGUGGCAGAACAACGGAGAGAAGAAAGAAAAGCCGGACAAAUCCGUAAGGCUUGGGUCGUGGUGGAAUACUCUGCUCGGAAAGGGCAACUAA